UACCCCUCCCCUCCCCUACCCCUACCCCUCUCUCCCUCUCCUUCUCUCCUCUCACUCUGUGCCACUCUCUUCUUCUUUGUUUAAUACCAGUACUAGUAGCAGCUAUACACACAAUCUCUCUCUCUCUCUCUCUCUUUCUCUCUCUCUUCAUCUCUGAAAUAGAGGAAAUGUUGUUAAAGUCCACCCUACACCGCUUCUGAAUCCAAACUUUUUUUUUUCUUUCUUUCUUUCUCUCUUUCUUUCGUGUGUGCAAGACUGAAACUUUUGGCUCUCUGGGUUGCUGUUGUCUCUCUCAAGACUCAGGUGAGAAAGAGAUAGGGAUACAGAGAGAGAGAGAGAGUCACAUUUUUGGGUGGUUUGGGGAAACCCCACUGGAGAAAACAACAGAUAUACAAGCAAAGAAGCUCUUUUUUUUUUUUGUUUUUUUUUCUGGGUUUCUAAGGGCUAAUUUGCAGCUCAGAUCUACCGAUUCUCAAUCCCCAUUCCCUCGUUUCUUGUCUUUUUCCUCUUGGGUUGCUGUUCUGAGGCUUAAAAAUGAGUAAAGAAGAGUUCUUGAAGAUCCAGACUUGUGUCCUAAAAGUCAAUAUACACUGUGAUGGCUGCAAGCAUAAAGUGAAGAAGAUCUUACAGAAGAUUGAAGGGGUUUACAAGAUCGGAAUUGAUUCGGAGUCCGGCAAGGUCACCGUCUCCGGCAACGUGGACCCGGCGACUCUGAUCAAGAAGCUUACUAAGCAUGGAAAGCAUGCUGAAUUGUGGGGUGCCCCUAAGGGGAAUAACGCUCAGAAUCAGAUGAACAAUCAGAUGAAGAAUAUGCAGAUUGAGGGUAAAGUUGGGAAUAACGGCAAGGGGCAAGGGCAAAAGGGUAAUUGCACUCCGGGGCAGGGGCAGGGGCAUGGGGGCAAAAGUGGAAAUCCGGUAAUGCCUACCCCUCAGCAGAUUCAGCAGCUGCAACAGCUGCAGCAGUUGAAGGCUCUGCAGGACAUGAAACUGCCGCCGCAGUUUAAGGAUUUGAAGAUUCCGAUGAACGGAAUGCCGCCCGGGAUUGUCGGGAAGGGGGCUCCGAAUGUCAAGGCGGGGAUUCCGGGGAAGCAGAGCUUGCCGCCGGAGGAGGAUGAUUUGAGUGAUGAUGAGUAUGAUGAUGAUGAUGAGUUUGAUGACGAUGAUUUUGAUGAAUUGGAUGAUAUGCCGCCGGCGCUGCUGCCGCAGAAAAUGAAGCCGAUUAUGGGCGGUGGCGGCGGUGGUGGUGGUGGGCAGAUGAUGCCUAAUAUGAUGCAUAUUGGGAAUGGAGGCGGCGGUGGUGGUGGUGGCGGUGGAGGGAAUGGUAAGAAGCCCGGUGGUGGAGGCGGUGGCGGUGGAAAUGUGCCCGUUCAGGUGAACGGAGGAGGCGGUGGUAAAAAAGGCGGUGGCGGCAAUGGGAAUGGUGGUGGUGGUGGGGGUGGAUCUGCCCAAAAGGGUGGCAAGAAUGGUGGCGGGGGUAACCCCGGGAAGCCACAAGACGGGAAGAACAAUGGUGGUGGUGGCGGUGGUCAGAAUAAGGGAGCGGGAGGCGAUGGCGUUGGCGGUGGUGGUGGGAAUCAUAAUGGGAAUGGGAAUGGUGGUGGGAAGAAAGGUGGUGGAAUGAAUGAUGGGCUGAUGGGCAUGCCAAAGAUGAUGCCAAUGAAUGCCGGAGGAGCUGGUGUGGGCCCAAUGGGGAGUAUGCCCAUGGGCCAAAUGGGCCAUCAGAUGGGCUCAAUGGGUAGUCUCUCAAUGGGCCAAAUGGGCCAGCUCCCGGCAGUCCAAGGCCUGCCUGCCGCCGCCAUGGGCGGUGGUGGUGGUGGUGGCUACUUCCACCAAGGGGCCGCCACCGGCCCCGACCACCCAGCCGGAAACCCCUACCACCAACAACAACUCGCCGCCAUGAUGAUGAACCAGCAACGGGCCAACGGCAACGAGAGGUUCCAGCCGAUGAUGUACGCCCGCCCCCCACCGGCCGUCAACUACAUGCCGCCGCCUUACCCUUACUACCCAUACCACCCUCCCCCUCCAAGUGACAACUACAGCACCUUCUUUAGUGAUGAGAACACCUCAAGUUGCAAUGUGAUGUGAAUCCGGCUAUCGCCCCUGGGAGCCGGAAUUUGCCCUAGUCCCGGCGAUAUGUCGGUGCCGGUGGUAUUGGAGUGGUUGGUUAGUGUUAUAAACAGUCCAAUGACUAGCUAGCUAGUUCUCUUAAUGCCCAUUAUAUACAAGAAAAUGAAUUUUCCCCUUUUAAUUUGCUGUUUAUUAAGGCUAGUUUUCACCCCCAUUUUUCUUCUUUGUUUACCCUAAAAUUUCCGUUUUCCCUUUGUAAUCCUAAGCUUUAGAUUAGGGGUUUUAUGAUAGGGAAAGUCUCCAUUUGUAAGUGGGAUAUUUGAGUUAUGUGUCUCUAAGGUCAAUGGAGAUGUUUGUAUAUGCUUUUAUAAACUCAACAAAUGCCAAA